AUGCAGCAGUCCAAAUUUCGACAAGAACAUCCUUCAGGGACUCGUCUAUCGCUCGCCAAAUUCUCAUACACUACAACCCCGAUCGACCACCCCGGUCCUCUAUCCUGGUGUCAUAUCAAUGGCAAUGGGGAUCUUGUCUGCAUCUUCGAUAAAUUUGCAGCCACUGGAUCCGCAUCGUCGAAGCUUAUUAUGAAAGUGAUUCGAAAUGAUUCUGUCCUGGAACAGAUUGACAUCGCACGCCUCGUACAAUCGAACGUGUUACUGAAUGGAUUUGUAACAAAAUCUUCAUUCGCCGUUGUGAUAAAAUCACCUUGCCUGGCUGUGAAAUACCCACAAAACGGAUUGAUUCGUCGCUUCCAACUCAAGUUUCUCGCAGAUCGGGAUUUUUACACCGCACUUUCACUUCUCUGCGAAAUUAACUGUCCUAUUACUGAAGGUAACGCAACAGCAGUGCAGCAGCCCCCGCGACAGCUACCGUCCUCAUCCUCAUGGGCAUCAUUCCAGGCGCCAACUAUCAUAUGGAAGAAUGGAAACACAGCAAUGACUCCAGAAAGCAACGCUACCGGACCCUUUCAUGAAAUGGCCCAGGGGCCAGCAGGCACUAUUUUGCCCGCUGACCAAGAAUUGGGACCAACAAGACCCAUGCUACAUAUCCCAUCCAUUGAACAUAGCGCCGGGCUGGCGCAACAGGCAGCGCAUGCCGAGACGAGCUCACGGCCUUCUACAACACAAGGAUAUCAUGACAUCCAGGAGUUGAACCAAGUCCUCCCUCCAAAGAGAGACUUACCCUUCCUCAAGCCCGGUACGAAGAGAAAGCGAGCAGAACCCACAAUAGAACCGGCCGCAGAAAAGCCGAAAUCCUCGAGGGUCAGCCAACUCGCGAAUCAGGCCAACCGCAAUACACUUGAGCGCAGUGAUACUAUUAUGUCGGAUGCCUCGUCCCAAUCGCUUGUGCCGACACAGCCAUACCCAGAACCGAUGGAACCAGUAAGCACCCAGCCCUACUCUCAACCAGACAAGGAGAACCAGCCUCAACCCCAGAGGCCAACCGAGCGAAUUGCCACAACUGUCUACGCGGCAGUAGCUCGAAAUAGUACUUCGAACAAUAUUCAAGUGAGGCGAUCGCAAUCACCGACGCAGCAUGCGGUUCCACCUUCUAUCGAAAAACAACUUUCGGCCUAUCUCUCUUCUCCAAAUCCCGAGCGUGUGGAGUUUCUGGAAAACUGGAUGUGCGAGCUCAUUAAUGACGACAGCUUUAUGACUUUGUGCCAGGAUGUCGAAGCGACGUGGAGACGUUUUGCUUUUGGCAUCAAGAAGUAG